AUGGAUGUUGUCCAAGGAAAGUCUACAACCUCAUCAAGCGAUUGUGGAAACGCAGCUACUUAUCCUAACAUUGAGCCUGGAGUAGCACCUAUUAAGAGCGAGUUUUUAAGAUGUAGGCCUCCACCGCGUACGACCACUGACAGUAGUGCCCAAGCUACCGAGCUCCAGAAAGAUGAGCCACAGCAAAACAACGGAUCAAAUCGUAAGAGGAAACGAGGUCAAAAUAAAAAACGGCCUUUAACUACAAGUAUUGAGAAAGGAAAACUCUUAUGUCCUAAGCUAAUUGCAGAUGAAGUCUGUGAGUUUGGUACCUCAUGCCGCUUUUUGCAUGAUGUGGAUGCUUUUCUGCAAUCCAAGCCACCUGAUUUAGGUGACAAAUGCGUCAUUUUCGACGCUUAUGGGAAAUGUCCGUAUGGCUUAGCGUGUCGCUACGGAUCCAGUCAUGUAAACAAUAAAAAGAAUGUGAUAGAUGAGGAGCGUUUACGUGCCAGUGCAACGAAAAAUUGCAUGUCCAAAGAAGCUUUAUCAGAUUUACGCAAAAAGAAAAUCCAAUUUCCUAAAGCCGAUGCUUAUGUUAAAGCUAUAUCUGCAAUGAACGAUAUGAAGAAUGAUGCUGCGGAAGGAAGGUCAACUAUUGGAACAUUAACAGAUGAAGACCUUAUUACCAUUCGCCCUGAAGAGAAGAAGCAGAUAAAUUUUUCAAAUAAGUUGUUUCUUGCCCCUUUAACCACCGUUGGAAACUUGCCUUUUCGAAGAAUAUGUAAGACUUUUGGUGCUGAUGUAACCUGCAGUGAAAUGGCAUUAUGUACUAACUUACUUCAGGGUCAGCAAUCGGAGUGGGCACUUGUUAAACGACACGAAUCGGAGGAUCUGUUUGGUCUUCAGGUAUGUGGAGCAUGGCCUGAUACUCUAGCUCGACUAUCUGAAUACAUCAACGACCGAGUUAAUGUUGAUUUCGUUGAUCUUAAUCUUGGUUGUCCAAUCGAUUUAGUUUUUCAUCAGGGUGCCGGAAGUGCACUUAUGGGAAGAGCUAAUAAAUUACAGCAAAUAGUUACUGGAAUGUCAUCAAUUCUUUCGGUACCUCUUACUGUCAAGCUUCGAACUGGCAUUUUGGCUAAAAAAUCCACGGCGCAUAAGUUAAUACCUCAAAUUCGAGAAUGGGGUGCAUCACUCGUCACUUUGCAUGGCCGAUCGCGAGAACAAAGGUACACGAAAUUAGCAGAUUGGAGCUACAUUAAUGAAUGUGCCACUGCAGCUGACCCAAUGCCUCUAAUAGGAAACGGAGAUAUAUUAUCAUUUGAAGAUUAUUUGGAACACAUGAAUAAUACCAACGUUGCAGGUGUCAUGAUUGCAAGAGGUGCACUCAUUAAACCAUGGCUAUUUACCGAAAUUAAAGAACGAAGGCACUGGGAUAUAUCUGCUAACGAACGAUUUGAAUUUCUCCGAAAAUAUGUCAAUUAUGGUUUAGAGCAUUGGGGAUCGGACUCUUUAGGUGUUGAAAAAACUCGUCGAUUUUUGCUCGAAUGGUUAUCGUUUUUACACCGAUAUAUACCAAUUGGUGUGUUAGAACGUGUACCUCAACGUAUCAAUGAUAGGCCACCGUAUUAUGUUGGACGAAAUGACCUUGAAACAAUGAUGAGCAGUACUGAUUGCACUGUCUGGGUUAAAUUAAGUGAAAUGCUGCUAGGAUCUGUACCUACGAAUUUUCAGUUUUUACCGAAACACAGAGCAAAUUCCUAUCAGUAA